AUGACCGAGGAGGGCGACAACAGUCUUUCUCCUGAUGAAUGCACUCAAUCGGGUAUGUGGGAAGUUGAACCCUUGUACUACUAUCAUCCGGGUAAACCGGAUAAAGCAAAACGAGGAAAAGCUUAUCGCAAUAGAGUGGAAGGUGACUUACGUUGCUUUGAAGAUUAUGACGGUGUAGUCUAUCGUCCUGGUGAACAUGUAUAUAUAGAAUCUGGAGCUAUUGAUCCUUACAUAGUCGGAACUAUCGCUCUUUUUAAAAUGUCAAAACGGGAUUCAUUGUCGGUGAAAAUAACUCGGUUUUUCCGGCCUGACGAUGUGCCUGAAAUAUCUCUGAGCUUAAUAUUGCAAGAGAGAAGUGAAUUGUCUCCUGAGGAUGAGCCGAUUGUUGAUACACAUCCUAGAGAGCUUUUUACUUCUGAAUCUUCUCAAUUUUAUCCAAUUUCGUUAUUAAGAGGAAAGUGCGAAGUUAACUUUGUCAAGGAUUUUCGCAGUAUCUCAAGCUGUGAUCUUGUUAAGGAAAAUUCAUUUUUUACCUGUUUGGCAUAUAAUCAAGAAUCGGCCAGACUGGCUUCCGUUCAAGGAGAAAUACGUGUAGGCUCUUCUUAUCAGGCUGUGUUGCCUCCUGAAGCGACUACUAGUGUUGGUGAUGAAGCUGAUCGUGAUGAGCUUAUUUAUCGGCCUAAUCAAAUUAGCCAGGCCACCGAGAUGAAUUAUGUCCAUAUGGCGCGAACUUUUAGAAUAUUUUCAAUGGUCGAUAGUAAAUUAAAUUCUGUCGAAAAAGCUGCUAGGGUGACGGAUUUGUUGUUUGAUGACUCAUUGGCUACUUUGCAUCGCUGUGGCUAUAAAUUCGAUGCCGCUUUAUUAGAAAUGAAUGCAAAUGAUAAGCUGUUAGCAGACGAUACGAAUUUCAUGACGUCAGAGGAUAGUAAACGAUUCAGCAAAGGAAUUAAGACAUUUGGAAAAAAUUUCAUGCGUAUUAGACGAGAACUUUUACCACUACACAAUAGAGAACAGCUUGUUGCUUACUAUUAUCUCUGGAAGAAGACUAACGAAGCCACAAAACCCAAGGCAUUGGCCCGUCAGAGAAAUCAAACUGCUGCAAUGAAGAAACCUAAAAACGGCACUAAAGCAUCACGACAAACAUCUCCUCAGCUGAAUGAUUAUGCCUCUGCAAGUGAGAGUGAAUGUGAAAACGAGACAGUAAAGAGGGGAUCGCAGUAUGCAUGUCAUCAUUGCUAUUCUGAAAAGAGUCGUGAUUGGCACCACGCUGGCAGGGAUGGUCUUCUUUUGUGUACCGACUGCCGUAUAUUUUUCAAAAAAUAUGCCCAGCUGCGUUCUGUUGAAAGACCUGCUACUGUUCCACCUUGUCUUUUCAAACGAAGUCCAUCCGGUACAGAUCCAGAAGAAGACUAUGGAGUUCGUACUAGAGCAGGAAAGAAUGGAAGAAGAAGAACACCUUCAAUGGGAGACGAAAGAAGAAGUCCUAGCCAAGCUGUAUCCGUUCAUGAAUUUGAUAUGGAGAAAAUUAAACUCAAUAAAAAUUCAAAGAGGAAAAAGAGUUCAGUGAACGGAAGUGCAAAGAAGAAGAAGAUGGAUGAAAAGGAAGAGGAAACUGAUAAAGAAGUAGAAAUAAAAGCCAGUUCUAGUCCUCAAUCGAUUGAUGAUCCAACACAUGCUACUUGUAUAAAAGAGGAAAGUCCUGAUACAGAUAUCAAAAAUGUGAAUGAGAGUAUGUGCUUGGAUGUUAAACCAUCCACAAGCUCGGAUAGUAUAAAGAACGAAGAUUCUGACAAUGAACCUGUUGAAUUGGAUGAAGAUAAUUCAUGGGAGCCAGGAGAGGAGGAAGCGUAUAUUAGUAAUAAUGCUAUCUUUGUUCGAAAUAUAGUGAGGAAAGUCGGUCAUCGAUGCUCAAGAACAGAUUUAAUAUACAAGCUAAAGCCUGGUGGCAAAUAUGAUGAAGCAAGGAGAAAGAGGGAGGAAGCUGCUAGAAAUCCUCCUACCGUCGCCGUUGCUGCUCAAAUUAAGAAGCCUGAAAUGAAUGGAGUUGCUGAUGCUGCUCCUCGAUUACCGGUUAAUGGAUAUGCUAUGGACCCUACAAAUUUGAUGGCAGCAUUUUUAAUGCAAGCUCAAGCUCAAGCUCAAGCCCAGGCUCAGGCCCAAGCUGCUCAAGCACAGGCUGCGCAAGCCCAACAGCAGAUGCUCGAGCAAAACAUGAUAAAAUUAGAGAUGCAACGUCAACAAUUUCUAUUGCAAAGAGAAGCUGCUACUCGAAUGAAUGUAAUGCCUCCUUUCAUGGAUCAAAGAAUGGCAGCUCCUAUGCCUUUCUUAGCUGCUGUGGCUGCGUCUGGAGCUCAGAACAACGAUAUGAGGCUUCAAAUGGAACUAUUAGCUCAACAGCAAAUGGCGCAACAUUUUCAACAACAGAAUGGACCAAUGGGUGGAAAUUUAAUGCCUCCUGAAAUGCAGCUUAUUACACCACAAAUGGUGCAACAGUUGAUGCAGCAUCAAAUGCUAUCGAAUGCCAUGCCAGUGAAUCAAUUCCCAGGUGCAGGCAUGCAUCCAGGAAUGAACAUGCCCCAACCAUCUCCUCUUACAAACUCUGAUAUGAUGAGACGUCUCCAACAAGAAGGAGGCUACCAGCUGCCAGCUGCUAUGCGUCACCAGCAGUAA